CGCUGUGUUCAAGGUCUGCGAUAAAUACACCUUUUACUGGUGGAGCUAAAUCGGUAGUUCUGGGAGUUGAGUUGCAUUUUUGGGGGUUUUGUAAAUGAGAAAAACACGACCAGUCAAUCCAUAAGUGUUUUAAAGAGAUAACUUGAUGGUUUUGUCAGACAGUCGGUGAAAUAUCCAUCCGUCACCUUUUGGUGCAGCAUGAUCACAUGAACCGUCCAUUUCACUACUGAAAUGUCUCUGCAAAAGAUCACACGUCUCCCCUCAGUGAGGCUGCUGAGCUCCAUCCACCACCACCACCAGCAGCUACUGCUCCCCUCCAUCACUCCUCUCACUGUGUCCAGAAGAGCUGUGAGUCAGGGUGAAUACAGACGACCCGGCCAGCCCAAAAAUGUCAAGUUCCCAUUGCAGCCGGUUAACUUUGGCUUCUCAAAGGGUUUGGAGGGGAUAAAGAAGCAUUUCAAACUGCUGAAGAAGGAGUUUUCUGACCGCUGGGUUGGUCCAGAGGGCAAACCGCUCCUUGAGCACAUGUUGGAGCAAAACCGAGUGAUUUGGGAGUUCAGAGGCCCAGAGAGCCUGGAGCAGUGGACGGUGUCCUCAGACAGUGAGAUAGGAGGCCAAAGUGAAGCUCACCUGAAGCUCGGCAGAAACAAUAAUACCUCUUUUCUGUACGGGAAUCUGAGCUCUACUCCUCCACGGGAUGGAGAAACACGCUACAGUGGCUACUGCACCAUGCGCUCACAGCAACCCCUGGCUUCAUUCGAUAGAAAAAAGCCCUAUGAUUGGUCCAGUUUCAACACCCUGCAUUUGCGGAUACGCGGUGAUGGCCGUCCGUGGAUGAUCAACAUUGCCACAGAUACAUACUACUCCCACCAGAAAGACGACAUAUACAAUUAUUUCCUGUACACCAGGGGAGGACCCUACUGGCAAGAUGUCAAGAUACCUUUCUCCAAGUUCUUCCUAACACAUCGUGGGAGGAUACAAGACGACCAGCAUCCUCUCUGGCUGGAUAAGAUUAACACCAUUGGAUUUACCUUGGGGGAUAAAGCAGACGGUCCGUUCCAGCUGGAGAUUGAUUUCGUUGCCGUCUGUAAAGACUAUGCUCACACUGAGGAGUUUGCCUAUGAGGUGUACAAGAGGAAUCCUGAAAUUUGAGAGCAACUGCUAAAACACUGCAGAUAAAACUGUUAUUGAGGUUAUACGGAAACUAUCAUUAAAAAAAAUAUAUAUAUAUUUGGAUUCUAGUACAUGGACCGGAAUACUUCAGUAACU